AUGGCAGGGAGAAUAAGUUGCGGUCUCAAUCUUCCUCUCUUAGAUACCAACUCUGCACAAUCAUCAUCUCCGCUACUCAAGACAAGGUCACAGAUCUCUUGGAAAAGAACAGAGGAUGAAACGGAGCCACGGAAGAACAAGCGUAGUCCUCUUGUCUUGGGCGUGGCUGCGACUAUUGUGAUCGGCGCGGUUCAUAUAACUGACGUGGCGACGGUGGAAGCGGCCGUUGUGGAAUCUACGGUGAAAGAGGUAGCGGCGGGUUCGGUGCCGCCGCGGAGGUGGAGCGACAAGAGGGCGUGUCCACCUUGGCUUCAAAACUCACUCGAGACCAUCGUACCGGAGAAUCUUCCACGGCCGUCGGGUCAUCGGCGUUUGGAGUUAGCCGGACUUGCUAAGGGUGACGCACCGCCUAUCGGUGCCGUGGUGACACGCGUCAACAGGGCUGCUUGUUUCUCCGUGUAA